AUGUGUGGUAAGUCAGGUACUUCGGAUCACAUGUUUACGCCAUCGCACUUUCCUGCCUCUACAAAGAUAAAGGAUGUUUCAACAAAUGAGAAGCUGCCCAUUUCACAAAUUCCAAAUAUAGAAGAUGAUGCUCUACGCCGAAUUUCAUCAUCUUCGACAACGUCUUCGAGGAUGAAUAUAGAUGUUAUUCCAAGUAAAGAUACAACGGACUUUAUCGAAUUUGAAUAUUCGAAACCUAAAUAUAAUCAAACCGAAACAAUCAAAGAAAUCAGUCAUAAUUUUAACAACCUCGAACCGAAUUCACCUCAAACUAAACAUAAUGGUGGUGAGUUGAAACCUACUGCGGAUCGUGAAUUAAUACCAACACGUCAGAUUAAACCAAAAGAGUUUGACAUAGAUGAUUCUAGUGAUGAGGAUGAUGAAUGGAAAGAGAUGGAAACACAGUUAAAUUAUGGUGAUAUUUAUAACCUUAAAGGAGAAAAAAUCGAAUUUGCACACAGCAAAGAUGACAUAACUUACGAAAACAGCGUUCAACAGCAGAAGGAACACAAGAAGAAGAAGAAAUCCACUUUACAGAAAGUAAUGAACUUGGGUAAAAAUGAAAAGGAAGAGCAGUUGAAGGAAAAAUACCGUCGUGCUCAUUUGAUGAAUUCCGACACUUCAAACCAAGGAUAUACCAAGAUUGAUGAAGAGAAACAAGCUAAAAGGUUUGAAGAGAUGGAUAAAAGGUUUGACUUUUUAUUUCAAAAUGAAAAUAAUAAUUUAAGAAAAUUACAUAAUGCCUCAAGUGCUGAAUUAAUUACUACUGAUCUAUUCAAGGCGACGGAUGGAUUUGUUAGUAAUGACAAGUUUGAUGAAAUAUUCCAACAAGAAGGACAUGAUGACAAUGAAUUGAACCCAGAAAUGCAAAUGAUGUCUACUAAAUCAAUGCUAAAUGAUUCACAAAAAAUCGCAUACGCUGCAUUAGUUAAGCUAGUUAUAGUUCAAUUGAACACUUCCUUAGUUAGCAUCAGAGGCUCAAACUCAACCAAAAUUCUAAAGAAACUGGCGAAAUGUCAUACUUCUUUUAUGAGAUGGUCAAUAAAUAUAAUGAAUGCAAUAUAUAAACAUCUUGAUAUUCAAAACGACCAAGAAAUUAAUAUGAUCGAAACUUUAAGUUGUCACGGUGUUGAAAGUUCUGACUUAUCUAAAACCUUCAAUAAAAAUAUCCAAAUUGAGAACCACUUGAACAAGGAAAACCUUCAUAUAAUAAACUUAAAUGGUGCUGAACUUGAAUGUGAAAAAAGCCUUGAUAUUGACAUUAAAUGGACGCUUAUUUGCGAUCUUUUUCUGAUAUUACUUGAAGCAUCGGUCUACGAUGCAAGAUCAAGGACUUUGCUGAUCCAUUUUGCUGAAGCUAUAGGAAUUACCGAGGUUGAAAUUCUGCAAUUUGAGAGAAGAAUUACGGACUCUCUCGAGAUUGACGAAGCUUUUGAAAUUAUCAAUAAUAAUCAAACAUGGGAUGAAUCAGAUAUCUUAAAAGAGCACAAGAGAAAGGCUAAAAAUAAAAGAAUUGUGAAAAUUGCAUUAGCCACCGCUGCUGGUGGAUUGGUGAUAGGUUUGAGUGCAGGUGCCUUGGCUCCAGUAAUCGGUGCGGGAUUAGCUGCAGGGUUGACAACGAUCGGUAUAUCUGGUACUGGUGGAUUUUUGGCUGGUGCUGGUGGUACAGCAAUUAUCACUACAGCUGGUACAAUGACUGGUAUGAAUGCCGGUAAGACAGCAAUGCAACAUAGGGUUGGAUCUGUUAAAACGUUUGAAUUUAUACCAUUGCAUAAUAAUCGACGCGUCAACUUAAUUAUUACUGUAUCUGGUUGGAUGUCUGGUACGAUGGAUGAUAUAAGAUUACCAUUUUCAACUGUUGAUCAAGUGAUGGGUGAUUUGUAUUCCUUACUAUGGGAACCUGAAAUGCUAACAAGUAUGGGUCAAACUAUCAAUAUCUUAGCUAACGAGAUUUUAACACAAAGUAUCCAGCAGAUUCUAGGUGCAACUUUGCUUAUUACUCUAAUGAGUGGCCUACAGUUACCAAUGAUGUUAUCGAAACUUGGAUAUUUACUUGAUAAUCCAUGGAACAAUUCCUUAGAUAGAGCUUGGAGAAGCGGUAAAGUUUUGGCAGACACAUUGAGAAGAAAAAAAUUGGGCAUGCGGCCGAUUACCCUAGUUGGUUUUAGUCUAGGUGCCAGAUUGAUUUAUAGCUGCUUGUUGGAUCUAGCCAAGAGUGGCGAUUAUGGUAUCAUUGAAAAUGUUUACCUUUUUGGUUCUCCAAUUGUAAUCCACGAAGACGAAAUGGCUCAAGUCAGAUCAGUCGUCAGUGGAAGGUUUGUCAAUGGAUAUAUGAAACAAGAUUGGAUUUUAGGAUAUUUGUUCCGAGCUACUUCCGGUGGAUUACGUAGGAUUGCUGGAUUAUCACCAGUCGACGGAGAAAAAUUUAAUGUUGAAAACAUGGAUUGCAGUGAACAUGUGAAAGGGCAUAUGCAGUACCGUGAAGCUAUGCCCAAAUUAUUAAGGGAUAUAGGUUGGGAAGUUUUAGAAGAUCAGUUUGUAGAAAUUGAACAGCCUAAUCCAGAAGAGGAGGAGAGACAGCGGAAGUUAUUGAGUGAGAUAGAGAAACGGCAACAUUCAAAGAAGAAAAAGACGUGGUAUAAUAAGUUAUGGAGGAAAAAAAAUAAAGAAUGGUGGGAAAUGUAUGAAGAAGGAGAGAAAGAGAGAGAAAGCAGAAACAAGAAAGACAAUGAUAAUGAUGCCACUGCUGACACUAGUAAACCUGAAAGGAAAACUGAUGAGAAUGAAAUCUUUAGUGCUAGUGUCGACUUAGACGCGUUGAAACAAGAAGUAUUAAAAAUUGAACUAGAAGCUAAAAAGUUAGAAGAAAAAAAUACCAAGAAGAAUCCGAAAACAGGAAAAGCUAAUACUGAUCAGAAUACUCCAGAACUUAACAGCACUCUCCAACCUCAUUCAACACCAAAUUCUAUUAGCAACCUGGAAGUCGAGGAACCAAAUACUAUUGAGAAACAACAGGAUAUAAUUCAGCUGACCCAAUCACCUGAAAAGCAAGAGAAGUCCGAUAUUGCAGGUCUAAAACCAUUUAAAAUUAGAAGCGCUACCCAUGUUCAUAAAGGUGGUGCUAGUGUUGGUGUAGAUGUUGUUGAGGAACUUCAUGAUGAAUACGGAGAAUAUGAUGUCCCAAAAACUGAAGAAAAAUUGGAAAUUAUGUUUGACGACGAUAUUAAAAAUCUUGAAGAAAAAAUAAGGCUUCAACAAAAAGAUCACCCAGGAUAUGGUGUUAAUACAGGCAUAGAUUAUGGAGACGAAGACGAAUUUCCUGAGGAUGAAGGGAACAUUCAAUUUACUAUUCAAUGA